CCAUCCACCUGUGUCGCCGUAUGGACCACCAAUACAUCAUCCUGGUAUGAUGAUGGGCAUGAUGGGCAUCCCGACGCCGCACGGACUGCCACCUAUCACCCCUAGCAUGCCUCCCUUCACUUUCCUUCCACAGCCGUCGCCUGGUCCGACUGUGACCGACUCCGCCCAGAAGGCAUCUACCACGACCGGUGCUACUGAGUCACACUCUCAGACUCCUGGUAGCUAUGUCGUACAUCUACACCACGCGCAUGGUACCAUACUCUCGCCAUAUACACCUUUCUCUCCUGGUGUCGCGAUGUCCCCCGGUGCCUUCUGGGGGGGCCCGGGGUCCAGCGCGAACCCGUACAUAAACCCGACUGUCGGCGCGCCCGUGCAUUCGGGCUACUUCCCGCCUGUACCUCCACGCGGACAGCCGACAGAGGAGUACUUCCCGCCCUUCCUGCCGCCAUCGUCAUCGACGGCGACAUCACGGCCAAGCGGGCUUGCGAAUGAGAUCCAGAUCGACCAGGCGAGCGCUGGUGGUGGCAGCAUCGACGACCGCGAGGCCUUGAGCGCCGUAUCAACGGGGGUCUCGCCGAACAGCGACAUCACUAGCGGGGGUACCUCGACGACCGCGACCACGACAGGCACCGAGAUCAGCCCUCGGCCGCCGACGCCGAGCUCGCGCGGCACAUCGUGGCAGGAUUCGAAAGGGCCCUCGCCUAUGUGCGACCCCGCCAAGGAGACGAUCAAGCCUCGCUCGCAGUCUGCUGGCGCACAAGAUGAGCACCCGUCUUCGCCCGGUGCGGCGCCUUUUGUCCGCGCAGAGUCGGAUCCCCCUGCAGGGCGGGCCGCCGGCGGGCACGAUGUCGCCGAAUGCGCAUAUAGUGCAAGCAGGGGGCGAGACGGCUCCUCUGGCAUUGUGACGUGAAACAACUAAAAAGUAGGGAAGUACUCAUCGAUCGUUGACACCUUUCUUUUUCUUGGGAUACAUGCACGCCAACGAGAGGCACAGGCGGCGGCAGUAAUUGCAAGUCAUGACAAUCUACGUAUAUUUGUUUUCUUUUCUUUUGAUGUACAUCGCGCAUCAGGCUG